CCGUGUGACGCGCCGUCAGCUGACAGGAGCCGAGCCGUCGGAUAAAUCUCCUCCGUCGACCUUCGCUGCGUUUCUUUCCCUUCAGUUCGUUCGUCCAGGUGAAGCCGCGGGUCCGACAUGGCGAGCCAGUCGCAGGGCAUCCAGCAGCUGCUGCAGGCCGAGAAGAGAGCGGCCGAGAAGGUGGCCGAAGCCCGCAAACGUAAGAACCGGCGGCUGAAGCAGGCGAAGGAGGAGGCGCAGGCCGAGAUCGAGCAGUACCGCCUGCAGAGGGAGAAGGAGUUCAAGACCAAGGAGGCGGCGGCUCUUGGUUCCCAUGGCAACAGUGCAGUGGAGGUGGACCGCGACACGGCCGAGCGCAUGAGCCGCAUUCAGGCCAGUUACCGCGGCAACCGGGAGGCGGUGCUUAGCGACCUGCUGCGCCGCGUCUGCGACAUCCAGCCCGAGUUCCACGCCAACUACCGGGUGGCCGGCUAGGCCCCGCCCCCCAUCAGCCUGUCGGCCAAUAGGACUCCAGUGAUUUAACGUGUUAGCUUUUUUGUUUUUUUGUUUUUUUUAUUUACAAAAUAUUUAUAUCCUAUGUUACAGCUUCUCCAACCGUGUUGUCAAGCUGGUGAAAAACAACAGCAUGGAAUUAUGGGAAAUAUGGGUAAAUCAAAAAACAAUGAAUAAAGUUUACUACCCUUAAAGCCAGCAAAGAGGCUUUUAUUGUGAAAUUGCUGUACACUUCGUAAUGUUUUGUGCGUGUUUGCAUGUGACUACUUCCUGUUUGUGUGUGACUACUUCCUGUUUGUGUGCCUGUGUUUGUGAAGUGACAAAUGAAGAAGAAUAAAGAGGAAAUAUUGAAAUGAA